GAUGCUCCUGGUGAGCAAUGGUUCGAGUAUGCCGAGCUGGCAGGAACCGCUUCAUUGCGUGUUCAUGUAUCUGCCCGCAGCAUAUUGCUUCUUUUGAGAGGCAAGGCUGUGCGACAUCUUGUCAAUACUUCACAACGCGCGGUCACAAGCGUCGCAUUCAGGUAGGUCAACGACAACUGCCAUGGCAAUCAACGAGACACACAGAAUCUUCUCGAGCCUGGCUCUCUGAUAUAUAAGGUGCCUUUGUGCCCUUUUUCUGUUGCUUCUGAUUCUCUCCUCGAGACAGACAACAAUGUGAUUCUGCCAACUAAUCAUGACAGCCUUACACAAUAUCACUUUCAUCAAAGUGCAGGAUAUCCAUCUACUAUGAAUCAAUUUUAGAUAGCCA